AUGGACCCAACCAUUACCGCGCCCACUGCGCCAUCUCAUUCCCAUUUCCAUUCUCCAACUCCCCCAACAAGCGCUGGCGCUUGCCACCAGAAACUCAGUAUCUGCAUCUGCACCACACCUUCUUCUAAAAUCUACCUCACCCCAAUCAUCGGCUGCGCAAACAAGAAGUGCCGCCCCCGAUAUUACCACCUCCGUUGCGUGGGCCUCUUCCACCGUCCCGAAAAUGCAUCUUCAUGGCUCUGUCCUAAAUGUGCACCUGAUGCCCCCGUUCCGCCACGCAUCUGCAUCUGUGAAGAUGCGCCGUACCGCACUGGGCCUAUGGUUGAGUGUGCCCAGCAUGAGCUGUGUAAGACGCGAUGGUUCCACUUGCCGUGCGCUGGCGUUGAGUUUGGCGCGGAGGAUACGGAGUGGACUUGUGGAGAGUGCAAGGUCGCGAUGAUCAUGCAGCAAGAGCGUGAGGAGGAGAUGGAGCGACGCCGAGCAAAUGGUGAGGAGGUCGAAGAGGUGAUUGAAGGGGUUGCGGAGCAGCAAGAGAAGGAGAAGGAAAGAGAGAGGGAGAAAGUGGUGGAGCUGUCGCAGGCGGACGAUGGAGCAGCUGGGGAUGAGGAGAAGGAGGAUGAGACCGAGCAGCAAGAGUACAUUCCGGACCAUAUUCCGGGUGUCUUCCUAAGUGAAGAUGACGGAACGCCUGCGCCUGCUGCCGCUUCUCCCUUGAAGCGUAAGUCUGACGAAAUUGACAUCCCGCCUCGGAAGAAGUCGAAGCAGACUCCUACAUCCUCCCAAUCUCCCGUCUCCGAAGACACUCCGGAGUACUGCAUCUGCGGUACCCCGGCAGACAACGAUAUGAUCGCUUGCGAUCGGCCGAGUUGCAAUGCUGAGUGGUUCCACUAUGUCUGCGUAGGGUUGACGGCGGCGACGAUUCCCGAGGGGAAAUGGUUUUGUGAGGAGUGUGAGCUGGCUAGAGAGAACGCGAAGAAGAACAAAAAGAAGAAGAAUAAGGGGGGAAAUGGCGGCAAGAGGAAGAGGAAGAGGUGA